ACUCUACCCUUCAUCCUCUGCAACAGAGGCCUGUCUUUACUUUACUGGGGGGAACAAGAGGACACUGUCUACUUUUUGGCUGUCAUCAUAGCAAAUCACAGCUCAGACUAGGCGAAGUCCAAAGGAAGGUAAAAAGACAUCUUAACAAGAUGUCUCCCAUCGGUUUUUGGAUGGUUCUGCUUGGUUGUUUAGCCCUGGGUCAUGCAGCACCAACAGUGGCUCCAACACUUUCCCCUGAGGAUGAAAACCUGGCUGAGGUAAUGCAACAUUUAUUAUGUGUUGAUAUUAGAAGCUAAGGCCAACUAUGGAUGUAGAAGUGGCAAUUGCAUGAUGAUAGGCAAUACCUUUCUGUUGACAAGAAUUAGGCAAUCAGAAAGUCGGAUGAUCAGAAAAUAAAAAACCCUUCUUUAUGUUGAUUAUUCUGCUUCUGGUGUAGGAGUACCUCGCUCAAUUCUACAGUGACAUAGGGGUGACAAACUCCUCAUCUCGAAGCCUUGUAAGGAGAAACUUCACUGAGGAUCUUGAAGCUAUGCAGACUUUCUUUGGCCUUGAGGUAAAUGUGCCUGCAAAAUAUUGGAAAUCACACGGCAGAUGUACAAAAUUCUCAAACUUUGCCGUAUUAAUUUCCUUGUGUCAUUAUCUAACCACCAGGUGACUGGUGUAUUGAAUAAUGAGACUGUGGAGAUAAUGAAGAAACCCAGAUGUGGUAAUUCAGAAAUUAGUAAAUAUGGACACUUUGCUGGAAAACCCAGAUGGCAGAAAAGGGUGAUCACAUACAGGUAAAUAGGAAUAACAUCCUAAAGGGGGGCUAUUAUUCUCAAAAUUUUAUUCACAUAAUUUGUACAUAUGUAUCCAAGAGAUAUUGAUGCAAAGUUCAUUUUGAGGAUAACAACAUACUGUGUAAUAUCAUUUGCAAAGGAUAACUCAGUACACCCCAGAUCUGACCAAUAGACAAGUGGAUGCAACUAUUGCCCAAGCCUUUCAGCUCUACAGCGAUGUAAUCCCGCUGGAUUUCAAACAGAUCCGCUCCGGUACUGCAGAUAUCAUGAUCCUCUUCAAGGGUGGAUGUGAGUCUAAAUAAAGUAUUUGAAAAUGUACCUUUAAUUACCUGUGGUUCCAACUAAAAUAAGUUAAAAGAAAUCAACCUCCAUGCUAGCUGCUCAGCCAUUUUAGUAGUUGGACAGUGGAGACUGAAUUGUUUCAAUAGCUCCUCCCUGUCCUCCUCUCACUCCCUCACAUGUAAGUACAGAACAUUUCUACAAAAUUGUUGCAGAUCACGGGGACUUCUAUCCGUUUGACGGAAGAGGUGGUGUCUUAGCUCAUGCCAACUCUCCAGGAAGGGAUCAGGGAGGGGACACGCACUUUGAUGAUGAUGAAACCUGGACUCUUACUCAAAGAGGUAAAUAAUUAAUGUAUGUUCUUUGUUUGAGUAAAGACGCUCGGUUCCUUUAAAAUCAUUCCAGCAAAGGAGCAGAUAUUUUGGAGAAGUAUAAAAUCAAAAGACAAUUGCAAGAAUCAAAAAACGAACAACAAAAAGAUGAAAAAAAAAAAAAAAACAAUAAAAGUGCAGUAGGUAAAUCACAUAUAUUGGACUAAGUUUAACUCAAUUACUGUGUUUAGGUGUGAACCUGCUGUUGGUGGCAGCCCAUGAGUUUGGCCAUGCCCUGGGUCUAGAUCACUCCAGGGACAGACGUGCACUAAUGUUUCCUACUUAUCAGUAUGUCAACACAAAUGGCUAUAAGCUGCCAGAUGACGACAGGCGAGGGGUUCAAGCUCUCUAUGGUGAGUAGCAGCUUCUGUAUAAUUAUUCACAUUAAAUUACAUUGACUUAAACUGAGGCAAGUUUCUACUAAUUUGAUUGGCUAAGAUGUUGAAACUAAGAAACCAGGCUUGAUUUUGAGCUUCAAAUUUGGCCUCAUCUGAAUUUUACUUACUAACCAGCAGAGGGCUAAUCGAUGAAUAUACUGUAUAUCUUUGCAGUUGACUCCAUGCAAAGGAACCUGAAUCCAUAUUGCAUGUAUAGUCAAUAAGUGGGUUUUAAUUUAAGACCUAAGCAUGAAUUAAUACCAUUAAAAAAAUUUCUUUAUUAUUUGGAUAGAUUGAAGAUGGAUUUGAUGACUAAAGGCUUUACAUAAUUUAGCCCCUAAUGUGAUUUUCCAAUCUGUCUAUCAGGAAGCCGUAGACCAGAACCUACAACAGCACCAAAACCCAAACCACCUCCUCAGCCAGAGCCUGAACCAGAACCUGAGGACCCAACAGAGGAUCCAAACCCAGACCCUUUGCCCAAUCCUGGAGACGAGCAGUGCAGCCGUCAGCUCGUGUUUGAUGCUGCAACCUCUAUCAGGGGAGACCUGUUCUUCUUCAAAAAUGGGUAAGUUUUGAAUGAGAGCUGUUCUGUUGUUAUGCGGGGCAUAUCAAUGUAUAUAUUUUCAUAUUUAAAUUUAAACUCAAUACCAGGUACUAUUGGAGGAAAAGUUCAAGCUUUCAAGGCAUCCGCCUAACCAAAGUGAGCACAAAAUGGUCAGGAAUCAAUACUGUUGAUGCUGCUUAUGAGGUCCCGCAGGAGAAUGUCGCACAUCUCUUUGAAGGUAAUGUUUAUGGUGUUUUGAUAGAUUUCAUUUUUAUUUCAGUCAGUGAAGGUCUGCAGACAAUGUCAAACUCUAAUUCUUUCUGUAUAGGUCGUCAAUACUGGGGCAUAAAUGCUAAUACAAAAAGAAAAAUUGCAGGCUACCCAAAGCCUCUCACCAACCUUGGCCUCCCAUCUUCAGUCAAUAAGGUGGACGCUGCAGUUUAUGUGGCCACCCUUAGAAAAACACUGAUUUUUGUGAACAGCCGGUACUGGAGGUGAGUAUUGCCCAGAACAAAGUUUUCACUGUAUUUUUAGUUGGAAAGAAAAAAGGGGAAAACAUAGAGCACUGCACAAUAUAUUAGGCAUGAUUUUACUCACAGAGGUCUCUCUUACUUUACUUCUCUUUUUCAUUUACAGCUAUGAUGAGGGUCGGAACCAAAUGGACCCUGGAUACCCCAGAUACAUAAGAACAGAUUUCCCAGGAAUAGGCUCCAAAGUAGAUGCAGUCUUUGAGAAUUAUGGUGAGAAAUGUCAUUUCUUUGUUGGUGGCUCACUCAAAAUCAGGAAAACAUCUGUCAAUCAAUCAAUCAAUCAAUCAAUCAAUCAAUCAAUCAAUCAAUCAAUCAAUUUUUCAUGAUAUAGUGUCAAAUCACAACAAUCAUUAUCUUUAUGAUUAUCAUUGCUUUUCUUGCUGAGUCAUUGGCCCCUUAAGAGUCCCACUUUUUCAGGUGGCUGAGGCAAAUUUUAUAUAUUUGGAAGCUGGAUGGAAACACAAUUUCAAAUUGAACCUUACGAGCUUUACGUUUACCAAAUGUUCAAAAAGGCAGUUGCUUACCAACACUUGCCAAAAGAAUUGCUGACUAUUUUACUGCUUCCUGUCUUUCUUAGUUGCAUAUUUGCAUUUAAACUGUUUCUUUUCAUCAACAGGAUAUCUUUAUUUCUCAAAUGGCGCCAGACAAAGUGAGUACUACCUGCCCUACAAGAGAGUGAUGCGUGUACUGCUCAACUAUGGCUGGCUCAACUGCUACUGAGAUCUUUGAAACAAGUGGACCGGCAAUGAGAUAAAGAUGUGAUGAUUUUUUUCUUCUCUGCAUGUUCAAGUAUCAUAUCUUCUUAAGAAUUUUUAAACAACUCUCAGUCACAGGGUGCUGUCUUGUAGCUUUAUUGGGCUAUAGAUAAGUUAUUCAAAACCAGCAAAGUAGGCUACAGGUCAAGUGACACUAUAUCUGUGAGAAUUCGAAUGCUGAAUUUGAAAUGCCCAAAGGUUUUGUUUUCUGUCUGAAUUUUGUGAAAUAAUUCACUGAUGAUUGGUGACAUGUGUUCUAUAGCCUUAAAUCACUGAUGCAAAAUCGGAUCAUUUUGGCUGACUAUGAAGGAAUUAUAAGCUGACCCACCAAAGGUUACAGUCAAAUAAAAGUUGAACUGAUUUAUGAAAGCAAUUCUCAACUAUUUGUUGUCCCUUGCCAUAGCUUUCAGGUUUCUAGAUUGUAUUUUUAAACGUUCACAUUCUAUCUUGAUUUGUUAGAUAAAACAAGCAAAGAAAACAGGUAAAUCUAUUAUCGAGUUGUGACUGCCUCAUCCCUUUACGUUUAUGUUCCUGUCAGUCUAACCAGCUGUAGAAUUUGCCUUGGGAAGUUAUCUUGAUAUUGUAUAUGGUUCAUCUACAGUUGCUCGGGGAGAGACACUGUCUAUUUUUGGGUGUUUGAGGAUUCAGAAAAUCUAUAAAAUAGUUUAGCUGCCAUGUCGCAAUCUGAAGCAUAAUGGUUGAGCUAGCCAGGUUUUAAACUACAUGCAAAUGUCGAUAGACCUGGCGAUAAUUCAAGGUUGUAUACUUUGGGCCUAAAGAGUGCUCAAAAAAAUUCUACACUGAUGAAUCUGUGUGUGGAACAUGCUAUAAAAAAUAUCCAGAUUCAUUUCAAGUAGGCUAAUUCCGGCCCCAUAUUUUGGCCUGUUUGAAAUGCUGUUUUUCAAUGUCUACAAAUUAAUAUUGUCAUUAAUUUUGGCCAUAGAACAUUUAAAAACUUCCCUGUGAGUAUUAGAUGUUCUGCUGUCAUCAGCCUUUGCAACCACAGAAGACUAGAUACGUUAGCAUGCUGUAGCAGCCCGCUAAGUGACAUGACUAUGCGCCAUCUUGGUGGGGGCAAUGUUCUCAAUAAAGACAUUACAUGUGCA